UCCAGCACUCUUCCGUUUCCUGUGAUGCGCAAGCCGAUUCACACACGUGAAGGUCAGGAACUGCAGUCAAUCGUUUACAAUUAUCAAAUAAUUGUAAAUUUCUGUCUAAUUUAUAAGCGAUUUGCGCAUGAACAUGGAAAACCAAGGAGCCACAGCAGACCCUCAGCUUCAGCAAUUCAUCGAAAUCGAGUCCCAAAAACAAAGGUUUCAGCAGUUGGUCCAUCAGAUGACUGAAGUGUGUUGGGAGAAAUGCAUGGACAAACCUGGGCCCAAGCUGGACUCCCGGACAGAGAUCUGCUUUGUGAACUGUGUAGAGCGCUUCAUUGACACAAGCCAAUUCAUCCUGAACAGACUCGAACAAACACAGAGGAGUAAGGGCUCCUUCUCAGAAUCCAUGUCUGAAUAGUCUAGCAACAUCCUCCACUGGAUAGACUGACAAGGCGCUGAACAGCCAAUCAAGUUGUUUUACAGCAAUGCCAGCUUUCUAUAUGGUGCAAUGAGAACACUGUCCAAUAACCAGGUGGGGAAGAAACAAGUCGUUUUUGAUAAGUGCCUCGUUUUUGCACCUUGUAUCAUGUCACCUAGCCAAGUCCUCUCUCACCUAGUGGGACAUGAGAUUAAGUGCAGUAGUAACAAUUCUGGUUGGUAGCUAGCUAAUAUCUUCAUAUUGUUGGUGAUGCUGAAACUGUGUAGUAAAUUGAAUGAGCCUGUUGCAUGUCAAUCAUAUCAUGAAAACUGAGAUGGGAGAACUUCAUUAGUAUGCUUUUAAAACAAGCUUACCCAGCUGUAGAGGUUGUCCUGGGGCAGAAACAAAGAGCCAAAAAUCUGGGACAUUCAAUUUGACAUUGCGUCGGAAAGCCACAAAAACUCACUGCAUUCAGUACCAAGUCAGAGUGCGAACAAUGUCUUGUUGGGAAAAGGGCACGAUCUAUGGCUGAAACAAGUGUUCCAUUGUAUAUAUGCAAUAAACAAAUCUUAUUGCC